UAACAUUAUUGUCGUAAUUGCUUUAUGCUUCGAGUAUUGCAUUAGUUUCUUUUCAUACUAUUCGUUCCUUUAUAUAUCAUAAUACUUUUUAAUUCACUUUAUUUCGUUAUAUUCCCUUUUUUUCAAACUACGUGGAUAUUCUUUAUUUUAAGUAGAAUCUGGAUUUAUUAGAAUGAACCUCUCUAUUUCUCCAUAUAUCUUUUUCUUUUCAAAUAGAAAUAUAUGUCACUCCCUCACUCAGAAGUCUCGGAUUUCAAUUGUAAUAUAAAAAGAUUUUCGAGACCAAAUUAAAAACUAAAUAAAUAAAAAAUGAAUAAAUCUUAUUUACAAUACCUUAUAAUUUACUUGUCACUAUAUAUUCAUUCUAAAAACAAAAUUUUCAAUUUUUUUUUCGUUUCCAAAAUGGCAACCAAUUCCAUUUCUUUAUCUUCUCCAUCUUCAAUCUUCCUCUCUCCUCUACUUCCGGCAGCCACGCGCCGUCUAUUCAGUUUCCGGCAGCCACGCGCCGCCGUGACUUGUUGUCAUUCUUCUUCUUCAGUGGCAUUUCCGAAGAAGAAAAAGCAUUGGAAAGAAGGUGAAUAUCCAGGAUUGACUGAACAAGAUAAGAGUAAGAAGAGGACACCUAUAAAGAAUAUUAAGAAGAAAUUGGAUAGAAAAAGUAAUGCUAAAGCUUGGGUUAAUACUGUUACUGAAGCACUUUCUGAUCAUAUUGAUAGAAAAGAAUGGGUUCAGGCACUUCAGGUAUUCGAAAUGCUGAAGGAACAACCCUUUUAUCAAUCGAAAGAAAGUACAUACAUGAAGCUUCUUGUACUUCUUGGGAGAUGCGGUCAGCCAGGGAAAGCACAACAACUCUUUGAUGCAAUGAUUGAAGAGGGAUUGGAACCCACUACAGAAUUCUAUACAGCUUUGGUCGGUGCGUACUGUAGAAGCAACAUACUUGACAAAGCAUUUACUAUUCUUCACCGGAUGAUCGAGCUCCCUUAUUGUCAGCCAAAUGUUUACACAUACAGCAUAUUAAUUAAGGCUUGUGUGGAUGCAUCCCGGUUUGACCUGGUUGACUUGCUUUAUGAACAAAUGGCUGAACGUUCCAUCGUUCCUAACACUGUCACUCAAAAUAUAAUCUUGAGUGGUUACGGGAGGGCAGGGAAAUAUGAAGAGAUGGAGAAAGUGCUUUCGGGAAUGCUGGAGAAGCCAGACAGCAAACCUGAUAUCUGGACAAUGAAUACUAUUCUGAGCUUAUUUGCUAACAAGGGGCAGAUUGAAACAAUGGAGAGAUGGUACGAAAAAUUUUGUAGUUUUGGUAUUGAGCCAGAGACACGAACGUUUAAUAUCCUUAUUAAUGCUUAUGGGAAGAAAAGGAUGUACGAUAAGAUGUCAUCGGUGAUGGAAUACAUGCGUAAACUUUCAUUUCCAUGGACAACAUCAACUUACAACAACGUCAUUGAAGCGUUUUCAGAUAUAGGUGAUGCAAAGCAUAUGGAGUACACAUUUGAUCAAAUGCGCGCUGAAGGUGUGAAAGCUGACACCAAGACUUUUUGCUGUCUCAUUAGAGGAUAUGCAAAUGCUGGCCUUUUCCCUAAGGUGAUCAACGCUGUCCGAUUAGCUGGGAAGUUGGAGAUCCCUGAAAACACUUCCUUUUUCAGUUCUGUUAUUUAUGCUUGUGCAAAGGCCGAUGACUUGAUUGAGAUGGAAAGAGUUUUCAAGCGAAUGAAAGAGAAGCGAUGCCAACCAGACGACACAACUUACUCCAUUAUGAUUGAGGCGUAUAGAAAAGAAGGUAUGACAGACAAAAUCUAUGAUUUGGAGCAAGAGAAGCAGAUGAUGUCUGCCUCUGAAAAACUAGAGUUGAUGCCUACUUGAAAGCUAAAUAUGCAAUCGAAACUUGACAAUGCAUUGGAGCACCAAAGCUACAUCUUUAGUGUUUUUUGCAGAGCUGUAGAUUGAUAAUAUCACUCAGCUGUCUGCUUGUAAUUUGUCUUUUGUUCUGAGCUGGGGGUCUAUCGGAAACAGCCUCUCUACUUCUUCGGAGGUAGUGGUAUGGACUGCGUACAUUUUACCCUCCCCAGUCUCCACUAUGUUAUGUGGGAAUACACUGGGUAUGUUGUUGUUGUGGUGGUGGUUUUGUCUGCUUGUAAUGGGUAACUAUCCUUGUCAACGAGUUCACGGAGAGGUGAGCCUGAGGCAUGCAGGGGUGGCUCAAGGGUGAGACUAGUGAAGCUUUUGCUUUAGGCCCCAAAAUCGCACGGCCUCAAAAAAUUUUAAUUGUUAAUUUUAUAAUUUUAUUUUCUUUUUGACAA